GCCGGGCCGGGCCGGGCAUGGAGCGGCGGGCGGAGCGGGGCCGGCGGCGCGGCCCGGAGCCGCGCUAGGAGCCGAGCCGGGCCGGGCCGGGCCGGGAUGCGGCGGUGAGCCCGCCGCGAUGCUCCGCCGCAGCCUGAGCCGCCUGUGUGCUGGCGAGGAGAAGCGCGUGGGCACGCGCACCGUGCUGGUCGGGCACCGGCCCGUGCCGGACACCGAGGCGUGCCUGGCACAGAAGUUCUGCGACAACAGGAUCGUCUCCUCCAAGUACACCCUCUGGAACUUCCUCCCGAAAAACCUCUUUGAGCAGUUCCGAAGAAUCGCCAACUUCUACUUCCUCAUCAUCUUCCUCGUGCAGGUGAUAGUGGACACCCCCACCAGCCCGGUGACCAGUGGCCUCCCGCUCUUCUUUGUCAUCACUGUCACAGCUAUCAAACAGGGGUACGAGGACUGGUUGAGGCACAGAGCUGACAACGAAGUGAACAAAAGCAACGUCUUUGUUGUUGAAAAUGCAAAGCAAGUGCGGAAAGAGAGUGAAAAAAUCAAGGUUGGAGACAUAGUAGAAGUGAAAGCAGAUGAGACCUUCCCCUGUGACUUGAUAUUCCUGGCCUCCAGCAGCACGGAUGGGACCUGUUAUGUCACCACGGCGAGCCUGGACGGCGAGUCCAACUUCAAGACUCACUACGCCGUGCGGGACACCACCGUGCUCUGCACUGACGAGGCCAUCGACACCCUCACGGCCACCAUCGAGUGUGAGCAGCCCCAGCCCGACCUCUACAAAUUUGUUGGAAGAAUUAUCAUCUAUGGAAGUAACCAAGAGCCUGUAGCCAGGUCUUUAGGUCCUGAAAACCUGUUGUUGAAAGGUGCUACCCUCAAAAAUACCAAGAAGAUUUAUGGAGUUGCAGUCUACACUGGGAUGGAAACAAAAAUGGCUCUGAACUACCAAGGGAAAUCUCAGAAACGCUCUGCAGUAGAAAAGUCCAUCAAUGCUUUCUUGAUAGUGUAUUUGUGCAUCUUACUGGGCAAGGCCACUGUGUGCACGACUCUGAAAUAUGUCUGGCAGAGUAAUCCAUUCAAUGAUGAGCCUUGGUACAACGAAAAGACUAAAAAAGAGAGAGACACGUUCAAGGUCCUGCGGAUGUUCACGGACUUCCUGUCCUUUAUGGUCCUCUUCAAUUUCAUUAUCCCUGUCUCCAUGUACGUCACAGUGGAGAUGCAGAAGUUCCUGGGCUCCUUCUUCAUCUCCUGGGACAAGGAGAUGUUUGAUGAGGAGAUCCAGGAGGGAGCACUGGUGAACACCUCGGACCUGAACGAGGAGCUGGGGCAGGUGGAGUACGUGUUCACAGACAAAACGGGCACGCUGACCGAGAACAGCAUGGAGUUCAUCGAGUGCUGCAUCGACGGGCACAAGUACAGGGACCGUGUCUCGGAGCUGGACGGCUUCUCCCAGCCCGACGGGCCCCUCAAGUACUACGGCAGAGCUGAAAAGAGCCGUGAGGAGCUGUUCCUGAGAGCCCUGUGCCUGUGCCACACGGUGCAGAUCAAGGAGGCAGACCAGGUGGAUGGGCUGGUGGCACACCCAGAGCGCAAAUACACCUAUAUCUCCUCCUCCCCAGACGAGAUCGCCUUGGUGAAAGGCGCAGAAAAGUAUGGUUUCACUUUUCUAGGACUUGAAAACAAUUUCAUGAAAAUACGAAACCAAAAGAAUGAAACUGAGAUGUACCAGCUUCUCCACGUGUUGAACUUCGACCCUGUCCGGCGCCGUAUGAGUGUCAUUGUGAGGGCCAGCACAGGAAAGUUGCUUCUCUUCUGUAAAGGAGCAGACUCCUCUAUUUUUCCAAGGGUGCAGCAAGAAGAAAUCCAACAAACAAAAGUCCACGUGGACCGCAAUGCCAUGGAUGGCUACAGAACACUCUGCGUGGCCUUCAAAGAACUGACUGAGAAGGAGUAUGACAGAAUUGACAGACAGCUCAAUGAAGCCAAGAUGGCUCUGCAGGACAGGGAGGAGAAGAUGGCCAAGGUUUUUGAUGACACAGAAGCAGACAUGCACCUGAUUGGGGCUACUGCUGUAGAAGACAGGCUGCAGGAGCAGCUGGCAGAGACCAUCGAAGCCCUGCACGCCGCUGGCAUGAAGGUGUGGGUGCUGACAGGGGACAAGAUGGAAACGGCCAAAUCCACCUGCUACGCCUGCAGGCUCUUCCAGACCAGCACGGAGCUGCUGGAGCUGACGGCGAGGACGGUGGGCGAGAGCGAAAGGAAGGAGGAUCGGCUCCACGAGCUGCUGCUGGAGUACCACAAAAAGCUGAUUCAGGACAUUCCCAAAAACCGGGGGGGCCUGAAGAGAAGCUGGACGUUGAGUCAGGAGUAUGGACUGAUCAUAGACGGCUCGACGCUGUCGCUGAUCCUCAACCCCUCGCAGGACUCUGGCUCCAGCAACUACAAAAGCAUCUUCCUGCAGAUCUGCCUGAAGUGCACGGCAGUGCUGUGCUGCCGGAUGGCCCCUCUGCAGAAGGCACAGAUUGUGCGAAUGGUGAAGAACACAAAAGGAAGCCCGAUAACCCUCUCGAUAGGGGAUGGUGCAAAUGAUGUCAGUAUGAUUUUGGAAGCACAUGUUGGAAUAGGGAUUAAAGGCAAAGAGGGACGCCAGGCCUCCAGAAACAGCGACUAUGCUGUGCCAAAGUUCAAACACUUAAGAAAACUGCUACUAGCACAUGGGCAUUUAUAUUAUGUGAGAAUAGCACACCUUGUACAGUAUUUCUUCUAUAAGAACCUUUGCUUCAUUUUACCACAGUUUUUAUACCAGUUCUUUUGUGGAUUCUCACAGCAGCCGCUGUAUGAUGCUGCUUACCUGACCAUGUACAACAUCUGCUUCACGUCGCUGCCCAUCCUGGCUUACAGCCUGCUGGAGCAGCACAUCAGCAUCGACACGCUGACCUCGGACCCUCAGCUCUACAUGAAGGUGUCGGACAAUGCGAUGCUGCAGUGGAGGCCCUUCCUGUACUGGACCUUUCUGGGCGCCUUUGAAGGACUCGUGUUUUUCUUUGGGGUUUAUUUUCUUUUUCAAAACUCUUCGUUGGAAGACAACGGAAAGGUGUUUGGAAACUGGACCUUUGGGACCAUUGUCUUCACCGUGCUGGUGUUCACCGUCACGCUCAAGCUGGCGUUAGACACCCGGUUCUGGACGUGGAUGAACCACUUUGUGAUCUGGGGCUCCCUUGCUUUCUAUGUGUUUUUCUCAUUCUUCUGGGGAGGAGUCAUUUGGCCUUUCUUGAAGCAGCAAAGAAUGUAUUUUGUAUUUGCUCAUAUGCUGACUUCUGUUUCCACAUGGCUGGCAAUAAUUCUCCUGAUCUUUAUCAGCCUUUUCCCAGAAAUUCUUCUAAUAGUUUUAAAAAAUAUAAAAGAGAAGAAUCAUCAGGUAACGAAGCGCCUUCCUUCCUCAGGAACAUCCACUAUCUUCAUGCUUUCUCAAACUUCCAGCAAUCACAGCUUUUCUUGGAGUGAAUAAGGCUGGCCCCUUUGAUCUGCCUGUGUUAGUGUCAUACAAACGUAUAGAGAAUGGUUAUGUGAAGGCUGAAGAUGCUGUUACUAAUUUGGCAGAGAGAUAUCCUCUCAGGAUACCUUAAAGUGCUCCACACAAACACUGCACGUUGCCAUGCUGUAGGAAACCCAUGGUUUAACCUGGCAGUGACCUGUGAUAGCACCAAGGACUCUGAGCAGCCAGGGCACUGGCCCCAUGCUACCCGUUAGUCUUUGGUCUUGAGGCUUCCCUGCCCUCCCAGAAAAACCAAUUCUGCCAAAUCCUACAGCACUGGAGGCUGAGAAACAUCUUUAGGAGUUCACCCAAAGCAGCGUGGAUUGAAGUGCAAGAGUGCAGUGCCAGCCCCGUUUCACACGAGGCUCCUGUGCCGCUGCAGAUCUGCCCGAGAGCAGCAGGGCUGCUCCCAGCUCUGCUCUGCCUGACCAAAGAAGUAGCACAGACUUCAACCCGGUGACAUUCCCCUCCAGCCCCCGCAGGCCCUGGGAAGAGGCUGCUCCCCUCGCACAGGAGGUGGAUGCAGCCCUGGACCCCUCUCCUGGUGCUGGGGCCGUGCUGCCACGGGCAGGAUCAGCUGAAAUUCGGGAGAAAUCUUUGCCACUCUCUCCUCCAGGUGGAGCUGGGAGCGGUCCGUGGUCUGUCCACAGCAGCGGUGGCCACGUGAAGAGCUGCAGUGCUGGGAAGUGCCAGAGCAUCCUCCCACAACCAGUUUGCUGAUGGGUUUAUUCCUGCUGGAGAGCGAAGAGAAGGUUUUGUGGCUGUGAUGGAAGGAAGCUUUCGUGGGGGAAAAAGGAAUGCCAGAAGCUGGGCUGUGCCAGACUCUGAGCCCCAGUGGCCAGGCUCCUGUGGCUGUGCCAGACUCUGAGCCCCAGUGGCCAGGCUCCUGUGGCUGUGCUUGCGUUACUGCACUGUGCAGUUGCUCCAACACUUCAGAGGGACAGAGCAGUCCUUGGCUGAUCCCAGGGACAUGGGCUGUGCCUGUCAACCUGCAGGUGUAUCAAACUGCAUCUUGAGUUAUUUGCACUAAGAAAAAAGAAGACAGUUUAAAAUUGAGUACAUUAACCUGAUUUCAUUUUACAUCUUGUUUUUUAAAUUGGCAUGUUCUUUUUUAAAUCUACCUGUACCAUGGUGGUAGGACUUUGCUCUUUAGGUUCUGCACAGCAAAGGUGAGAUGCCUGACUCAGUAUUUUUUUUUCCUCUGAUAGUUCAUGUGUGGAAAGAGCAGCUUCUCUGGUUGUGUUAAGUCAUGAGCAGUGGCAGAGCAGCCCGUGUGCUCCUGCUGGUUGGUGUGACGGUCCCUCCCUGGUGCUGUGUCCCAGAGGAGCUCCUGUGAGCAGCUUUGGGGCUGGUUUCAGGAGCAGCAAGCUCUGCACUGCCGCUGGCUUUGGUCCCGCUCGCUCAGCUGUGUGUCGUGUCUGUACAACAGGACAGUUUGGACUGCACAGAACAUCCCCCUCACCAGAUUUUGUUGAACUGCAGACUAUUAACUUUUGGAAGAACCAAGCCUUGCUCUCUGGUGCCAUCCCUGCUCUGUCUGCAGCUGGUGCGGCUCAGCUGCCGGCAAAGCCUCUGGUGCAUCGUGGGGAUGUUGGAUGGGCCUCACCUGAGUGGGAGAGGGGAGUGCACAGCCCCUGGGGCUGCUCUGCCAUCCCCAGCGUGGCAGGGCACGGGGGACAGGGGCACAGUGUGAUGUGCUCUGCGCUGGCACGGGUGGGGUCUGCGCCGAGCCAGCGAGCGCGGCUCAGCUCCGUGCUGCACUGCCAGCAUGUGUCCAUGGGCAAAGCUUUCAUUUUCUUCUUUUGUUUUGGUUUUUUUUCCUCUUUUCCUAGCUCAUUUCACAGACCUAGAAUUCAACUUGCAGACCUUGUCCCGUGCUCAACUUUCCUUGCAGAAAUGUGGUGCCUACAGAUCAAGUAUACGAUGAAUGCAAUGAAGAUGUGCUCUAUAUGCCAAAUCUAACCAUUCUCCUUAAAUACACGGUUGCUGACUUGUGUUUACAUAACCUCUAAAAAAUGGGCACUAAAAUGCCCAAUUCCUGUGAUUCAGAACCAUUCCAAGCCCGAAUGGUCCCAGGCAGGACACCUUGCUUCCCAGUUUGUUUUGUCAUGCUCUGCUCCAAGGGUCACUCUGUUCCCAUGGAAUCCCACUGGCGGUGUCAGUGGGAACAGUGGAGCCUCGUGUGUGUGAACUGUUCAAAUAAUCACGGAACCAGGAUAAUUUCUGCUGCCUGGCCCAAGACAGAGCCUUCUGAGAACCAAACCUUUCUCUGGGCAUUUCCAAGUGUCCUGUCUCCAGCUGGAACAAGCCAUUGCAACAGCUGUGUGUUCAAGCCCGAGGUGUGUGUGCUGACAGGCAGGCUGGCAUUCAUCUGGAGUGUUUUGAAUAGCAAGAAAAUGCAGUUUUUCUUGGGCUUGGAUCUUCAGAUGGUGCACUGGUGUAGUGCUGGGUGCCAGGACAGCCAGGCUGCCCUGGUCCUGCAGGAGAGCUGAUCCUCAGUGGCACUCAGCAGUGCCAAAAGCAGAAUUCCGGGUGCUGUGGUGGCUUGUGAAAUCAGGGGGAGCAGGAGACCCCUCCUGAGGCUGGAGGGGGGCAGGAGUGGCGGUGGGGCUGUCAGUGAGGCAGCAGUGGGACAGGGGUGCUGUGCUGGGUGCUCGUGUUCCUGAUGCUCACGGUGCUCCUGAGGUACAGCAAAAGGUCAGUACAGGCUUCUCGGUGGAGAAACUUGAAGGAAAAAAGGCUGGGGUUUUCUCAUAAUAAUUGGUUGAAGUUUUAUCACUGACUAGUGACACUGAAAGAUAAGGAAAGUAAUUAAGAUUCCCUCUAAAACUCCUAUGUGAUAACAGUGGAGCUUGGUGUAGUCAUAGCGACUUUUCAAAAACUAAUCCUAAUCAUUAUGAGAAUAUUAUAAAUGACUUGGAAUUGCAUAAAAGCUUCAAAUUAAGUUUGUAUACACACAGUUGAAAACCUUUCCUAAUACUUCACCAUUUAUCAAAUUUCCCAGCUAUGUUUUUUUUUUUUUUUAAAUGUAGUGUACAGAAAAUGUAAAUUAUAUACAGGCAAUGAGCAGAUACAUUUUCAGCUUCUUGCAAAGAAAAAGGACUGCAACCUUACAUUUUUUUCACUUAAAUGCAAUUUUAUACAUUUAUGUUGCUUUAUAUCAAGGAAAUUGAAUGUGAAUGUUACCUUUUAUGAAUGCAACUUGCUCUUUUUUCAUUACAGAAACUUUUGUUUGAAGUAAUCAAUAAACUUUGGUAUGUUGUUCUGAUUAAUAUA